ACAAACUUUCAUUUUCCUCUUGUACCUAUUUUUUCUACUCUGCAGUCUACACUGAAUUUCUCAAAAGCAGAACUACAAAAAUUCUCUUAACUAUUCAAUGUUUCUUAAGCACCACAAUCUCUUCUUCAGCUAACGCAAAGUUGUAAAUUCAUCAAAAAUGGUGCCACAGAUAGUUCUCAUUUUACUUAUUUCAAUGGCAUUUGGGGUCACUUCUGUUCCAAAUGCUAGUUCAGAAAUAGCAAAAUCAAGAAAGCAUAAUGUAAACAUGACCCAUGUAGCUGAAUCCAUUGAAGAGUUUUUUCCAACUGGAAGAAAGUUGGGAUCUUUGGAAGGGAGCAGAAAGUUGGAAUCUUUUAACAAAUCUCGAGUUGUACUAAGUGGAAACAUCACUAUCUUGAGCGAAAACAAUACAUUUGAACUUGGUUUUUUCAAAACCAAUGAUGAAAACAGAUGGUAUUUGGGUAUUUGGUUUGCUUCAGUUCCUAGUCCCACUUAUGUUUGGGUUGCGAACCGUGAAAGACCAAUCAAAAAUCCAUCUUUAGCAACUUUGGAGAUUACUAAGGAUGGAAAAUUAGUUCUUAAGCAAGAUUCAAGAACCAUUAUUUGGGAAACAAGUAACUUGGAUAAAGCUAGUGAUAUAAAGCUUUUGGACCAAGGAAAUUUGGUGCUUGUUUCUACUGAAGGUAACUUGAUAUGGCAAAGUUUUGAUUUUCCUACAGAUACUUGGCUUCCUGGUAUGAACUUGACUGCUACAAAAUGGCUUACAUCUUGGAAAAGUUCCACUGAUCCAUCACAAGGAAGGUACUCCCUAAGGCUUCAACCCUCAAGUUAUGGUGAGAUAGUUCUUGUUUAUAAUGGUACUUAUCCGUAUUGGUCAACUGGGAACUGGACUGAAAAUGCAUUUGUUGGGGUACCAGAAAUGACUGUACCUUACAUUUACAAGUUCAAUUUUGUAGCACCCUUUACUCCUAUGGCUUCAUUUGGGUACUCUGAGGUGCCGAUAGAGAAUGGAGUGCCACCUCCUUUAACUAGGUUCAUUGUAGAUUUUACUGGACAGAUUAAACAGUUCACUUGGUUCCAACAAGCACAAAGUUGGAACAUGUUUUGGUCACAGCCAGAGAAUCUGUGUAAGACUUAUGGUUUGUGUGGGAAUUUGGGGUUUUGUAAUAGUAAGACAUUGAAUCCGUGUAAGUGUUUGCCAGGUUUCAACCCUUUGGAUAGUGAUUCAUGGGAUGCAGGGGAUUUUUCAGGCGGCUGUCGUCGCGAAAGCAAUGAGAUGUGUAGUAAGAAAGAUGGAUUUGAGGAGGUUGGAAUAGUUAGUUAUGACGGAGCUAGGGUAGUUUCAAUUACUGAAACUAGAAGUGAAUGUGAGAAAGAAUGUUUGGGUAGUUGUUCUUGUAUUGGUUUGUAUCACAAUGAGAGGACUAAGUUAUGCAAGAAUUUAUAUGGGUCAUUGCUCAAUCUUAGAAACCUUACUUCUGAUGGCACUAUUGAGGAUAAGCUAUAUGUAAGAGUUCAGGGAGGAGGGAAUACUCAAAAGAAGCAGAUUCAAGGCAGAUUACUUUUGAUCGAAAUGAUAUGUGGAUUUGUGGUAAUUCUGUCAGUAGGAAUUGGGACUUUCUUGGUAUUGAAGAGGAGAAGAAUAAGGAAGAAGAAUAAAGAAGAGGAAGAUGUAUUUCCUAUAAUGAAUUUGAAGGUGUUUUCAUACAAAGAGCUGAAUGCUGCAACAAAGGGAUUUUCGGAGAAACUUGGACAUGGUGGUUUUGGAACUGUAUUCUUAGGGGAACUAUCGGAUUCUUCACUCGUGGCUGUGAAGCGACUUGAAAGACCUGGUGGUGGUGAAAAGGAAUUUCGAGCUGAGGUAUGCACAAUAGGAAACAUUCAGCAUGUUAAUUUAGUGAGAUUGAGGGGAUUUUGCUCUGAGAAUUCUCAUAGGCUUCUGGUUUAUGAAUACAUGCCAAAGGGUUCUCUUAGCGCAUAUUUAAGGCGAGAUGGUCAGAACCUAAGUUGGGAUGUUAGAUUUCGAGUUGCUGUAGGGACAGCAAAAGGUAUUGCUUAUUUACACGAAGAGUGUCGUAGUUGUAUAAUACACUGUGACAUUAAACCAGAGAAUAUUCUGCUAGAUGAAGAUUUCUCAGCAAAGGUUUCGGAUUUUGGGCUUGCAAAGCUCCUCGGUAGGGACUUUAGUAGAGUGUUGGCUACCAUGAGGGGUACUUGGGGAUACGUUGCACCCGAGUGGAUCUCUGGUUUGGCGAUCACAACAAAAGCCGAUGUAUAUAGCUAUGGCAUGACAUUAUUGGAACUGAUAGGUGGUCGACGCAAUGUAGAAGCACCACCUUCAGCUAAAGGGGAAGAAGGUGGAACAGAGGAGAAGUGGUUUUUCCCGCCUUGGGCAGCACGCCAGAUAGUCGAAGGAAACACUGCAGCUGUCAUCGACGAAAGGCUAUGUGGAAUGUACGAUGUGACUGAGGCAGAACGUGUGGGAUUGGUAGCGGUUUGGUGCAUUCAGGAUGAUGAAUCAAUGAGGCCUUCCAUGGGAAUGGUGGUGAAAAUGUUGGAAGGAGUAGUUGAAGUGGCAAUGCCUUCACCUCCAAAGCUGCUCCAAGCAUUAGUAUCGGGCGAAUCAUUUCAUGGGGUAGGAGUUGAUUCUGAUAACGGGACAUCACGAGGGACAUCGCGAGGUGGUGGUUUCAGCUCAGGUUAUAAUCCCCAACCCUCAAUAGUAUCCGGGGAAUCUCAAGCUUCAGUUUAGGUCUGUUUCUCAACUAGUCAUUGUCUAAUUGUUGGAGGAGGUAAAAGUUGCAAAGAGCUUCUCCUAUGGAAGAAGAUUUUUGCCAAGCUUCACUGAAUGUAGAGUUUCUUUCCCUGUUUUCCCCAAAAUCCCAUACUGAGAAUUAGUAGCAAAAUGCUCAUCAUGGGAUUUUGUAAAAUGUAUUCAUGAAUGUAGAGAAUCUUUUUGCAUGGAAUCUUAGCUUAAGUUUACACCAUUUUCUGUAAAGUGCAAAGUACAAAAGCAAAGCAAAACGGACAUACCACUUUGCAGAAAUGUAAUGUUUGGAUCAGAGAAUUUUAGGAGGGUGAAAACUCCAAUUGUGAAAA